UGUGCCAAAGAAGCUGCGUAAAAAUGUUUAUUAUGCAUUACUGAAUUUUGUUUUCAAUACCAAAUCCUCUAAUUAAAAUCUUCACUGCUUUAGAUUUUUUAUUUAGUCUUAGGAAUCAACCUGGAAAUAUCAAUGAGGACGUUAAUUGCAUCUUAGUUUGUGUUGAAAAUUUCUACUUCGUAAGAGGAUCAAAUCCAUGAAGUGGUUGUGAAAAUUUCAAACGUGAAGAGAGCAGGUCCCGGAGUGCAUGUGUGAAAAGUUUGUUGCCCGAGGUCUUUCCCGUGCGUUAUUCGUAGCGUAUAGCUUGCUAAAAUUCGUCUCUUUGCAUAGAUUGAUUGUGUGAACAACUAGCGUUUGUUUGUUACCGUUACAAGAAUCUUUGCUGUGGAAAAGACUUGGAAAAAUUUUAUUGAGAUCGAACUUUGGUCUAGUAAAGGACUUGGUCAAGCCAAGCUCUUAACGAUUGAUUAAGAAAAGAUAUCAAACGUAAGCGUGAGAAAUGAGCUGGAUGAAAAAUUUAUUUGUUUUAGAAUCGAUAUAAAAACGUAAACGAAUAAAAAUACGACGCUUGUAAUAUUAGAAUCGAGUAACCAUGACAACUAGAAAAAUCGUGUGAAUAGCCACCUAACUUUCUGAACUUUACACUGUUCUCAUACGACACAAUUUACCUCUUCCUGUCCAUAAAACUAGCACGAAACAAAUCAAAACCAUGGAGAUGAAGGCAAUGAGGGAAGUUUUACGCAGGUCUCGAGAACCAUGUGUAUCUAUGAAGACAUUUUCAUGGUGCAUGAGUGAACGUCAGCUUCAAGGGCCAUGUAGAGAACUUCAACGUGCCCGCUGUUGCACCAGCGCCCUCAUGAACAACAUUCUCGGCCACAACGUGACUUGGGUGACGACACAAUCCAGAAACAUAAACCUCAUUAGCAACACAACCUGGGCACAAUCGCAUGUAAAUAAUUAUUGUCUCGCGUCCUGCGCAACUCAAGAUGUAAGCAAUGAUCUUAGCAACGCAGCUUGGGCAACACGAAGUGUAAAUAACCAACGGUUAUGCAAGACAUGGACCACAAACGUCGUGAACCACAACAGCCUCCUGAGCGCCUCUACGUGGGCUAUUCAACCUCGGAGGCAGAACCUUCUUGGCAACGGUCCGACGUUUAGUGGGUUUAGCACUGAACGCAGUCCGUUGUUCAGAGGGUUCAUUACUGAACGCUUUUCUCCGUUCAGAGGAUUCAGUAAUGAACGCAGUCCGACGUUUAGAGGGUUUAGUACUGAACACCCUGCGUCUCGACCGCAGUUUCUGGAGUACAGAGCACGACUGGACUCUACGUCACCUCGGCAUCCCAGACCUGCGCAGCAGUCGUGGAUGGGAUGGCGAUGCUGCAGCUCUACCUCCGACGCGACGUCAAGCAGCUCUACACACUCUACCUCGAGCUCUGCCUCUGGACAAAGCACAGACUCGGUGGUGCUGACAUUCGAGCAAGGACUGCCCCACCUCACUGUACCGCUGCCCUCUAGAAGAGAACUCUGUCGCUUCCCUCUGCGCCCGGUCACCCACACCGUCGACACCCUCGUACAGCAGCUACAGGCCGAAGAUCGGGGCAUUGAUAGGGUGCUCGUACGGACUGUUGACGCAGAAGAGCUGACCGACUUGUCAGACGUGCGUCAAUUGGUCAACAAACUGUACGCAGCCCUGCACGUUGACGAGCAUCAAGUGGCCAGAGAACGCGACAUUAUGCAGGAAAUUGAGGAAAUAAGGACGCAACUUAUUCCCCUAGAAAAGCAACGGUCGAAGCUAGUAGCGGCAGCGGAGCGUCGCGCCACGGUGCUCAUGUACGCAGGCCUGGGCUACAUGGCGCUGCAGUUUGGGUUCCUCGCUCGUCUCACUUGGUGGGAGUAUUCCUGGGACAUCAUGGAGCCUGUGACGUAUUUUGUGACGUACGGCACUGCUAUGGCUUGCUACGCUUACUACGUUCUUACCAAACACGACUUCCUGCUACCGGAGGUCCGCGACCGUCAGUUUUUGCUUGGGUUCCACCGCAAGGCGCGCAAGACAGGCAUGGACGUGGAUAACUACAACAGCCUCAAGAACCGCCUUCACGCCCUUGAGUCAGACCUGCGGCGUCUUAGGGACCCUUUGGCCCUCAACCUCCCGCCUCAGAGGCUUGCUAAAAUAAUCGCAGAGGAUGCCGCCCAAAGUCCCUUGAAGUCGAGCACUUUCUCGGUGCUGCAGGAUCAGCUCAAGAGUCUGCUCAAGAUCAAGCACUGAAACAUCUAUUUCUUAUGAAAUUCUUUUAGAAUUCGUUACGAUCGCUGCAACCGUAAAAGGCUGGUGAUGUACCUAUUAUUUUUUUUUUGUGGUCAACAUAAUGUGGUUAUUCUUUUACGUUCUUGGCAAUAUCAUCUUAUCGGUUGCAAUGUUGCUGUUCCGACCUGUGAGUUUUGAUUGAGAGUAUUGCAACAUUGAUCGCCCCCAAAGAACUUCCUUCAGUGCACAAAUAUCGCUUUGAACUCGUCUCAAAUUUCUAACCUUGAUAAAUUUUGUUCCGGUUGAUAAUAACCGGUUGAUAACUUUUAAUGCUUAAAAGUGUAAACUGAUUUCAAGUAUUGUCAAUCUUUUUUUUUUUUGGUGUUAUUCCGUUGACAGAGAAUUCAAUGAUAUGCUUUAACGGCCACAAAGGAAUAAAAAAGAUGGUGUAAGAAAUGUAUCCGGAAAUAAAUCAUCACAUCGUGGUGCUGUGUUAGAUAUUUGCCUGCUAUUUCUUGACUGUAGUUAGUGAGCGAAAAUUUCAAUUAAAUAAAUCAUCAUAAACGAGGUUACUUUGAAACCUGGCCUUAGUUUUGCAUCGCUGGCGACACCAAUCGAGUUGUUCUUUCCACUCUCAAAUUGUUGAUUAUGACGAUAGUUUUAAAAAUACGAUUUUUUGAGAUUGUUAAACUGCAGCCGUGUAUGAUAUUCACACGAUGUUGGAGUCUCCUUUGCUUGCGGUACAAAAUACUGGCAACUCUUGUUAGAAAUAAACGAUAAAGAAAUGAAGUGGGAAAAAAUUUUUAAUUGUCAUUGUCAUAUCUGUGUCGCUAUAACAGCGAGAACAGGAGAAUUUGUUUAUACGUGUGCAAACCGUAAACUUUCAAAACUAAUCUUUCAUAGCAAAAUUGAUAUUAUGUUUCUAACUUUGAAUAUAUUACAGAUAUUAUUAAACCUGACCAGACAUCGAAUCGUUGCAACAUGAUGUACCCGAAUUGGAUUUUGUUCGCUUAAAAAUCCAACAUCAUCUCUAGUAUUGUACUUAAUUUAUAUAAUAUGUCCCUCUAGCGACCUGGCAUCACACCUAGUCUCUUGCUGCAUCAUCACAUAAUGUCCAUCACUAUCAUUGUUAUCACUGACCUGCACUCUUCUAACGAACAUCACAUCUAUCAUUGUACUGCAUCAUCGAUCGUGAUAAUAACUGCUCUGCUCUCGCUUCUAUUGAGUCAUAUUUCAUGUUGAUAGCUUCGGAAAAAAAAUCGAUCGUCAGUUCAUUAUCUUUUUGCCGACACUAUCAUGUUUUUUAUUUCGCUCUAUUCUAAUACCUAGUAUUUCUUAUCAAGCACAAAUACGUACCAUGUUUUUUCCUGUAUUUCUGUAUCUACCUAUACUUAUCUUUCCUGUUUUCUUCAAUCGCCAAUUCAUUCUUUAAAGACAUAACGAACAAAUGUUAAUCAAAUCGCGAAUAAGACUGCAUCAAAAUGCAUUUAGAUCUUUUUCUAAUUUUGUAGGACGUAGCUAUAGAAGUUCCAUAUCGAGUUCCCUGCCAAAGCUUCCUCGAAUGUAGUGCUAGAGUUGCGAUUAAAAAAUUUCCUUGUUGAAGUUGCGUAAUCUGUACGACGCGCCGUGCUGUGCACGCGUUAAUAUCCAAUGAUAUUUAGGAAUCAUGCUGCCAAGCUUAUAGGUUAACUGCUAAGAUACCCCUACAUGUUAAUUAGGAUGUGUUUUAUGCCCUAACGUGCUUUAUUGAGUUCUUGUUUGUUCCACAGUUUAUUAGUUUAGAAUAUUCAUCCCAACUGGAAGUUCCGAAUUUACGUGGAAGAUAAUACAUUAGUAUGAGUGAUGAUCUUCCAAUCAUUUGUUAAGUUCUCUUCUUAAGAGCGUCAAGGUUGAACUAUAAUCGCAAUGCUCGCCGAAUUAUUAGCUAGAGACUACAUGAAUAAAUUCAUGCUCUAAACUAAUUCUAUAUAGCAUAAUCCUAAGGCAUUCUGAUUCGUUUCUAGUUAUAGAUUUGGUUAAUUUAAUAUUAAUGGUGUUAAUUGUGUUACAAGAAAAAAAUAUG